CUCAACUGGAGACUUUGUUGCCCAGGUUCUGGAUCCUGCUGGGCUCCUCUCAAGUCCUGCCACCAGCCUGCUGUGAUGCAUCCAGGCCCUCGGCACCCAAAUCUGGCCCCUGCCCUGGCCCUGGCUUUGACCUUGGCUAUGUUGGCAGAACCAGCAUCUGCAGCUUCCAAACUAAGGCUCUGAUGUUUCCAACAAGUGCUGGCAAUGGAGAUGAUUAGAGGGCAUUUGGACCCAGCCCAGGGAAGAGCCCCUCAGGUGGUGCUGGCUGCCUUAGGGCGUGCAAGCCUCAGACUCCUCCAGUGGCUACUUCCUCAGGCACAUGUCAACUGACACAGGUUGGCCCAGGAUGAGCAGCCUCCUUCUUCGGUGAGAACCACCUGGAGGUGUUUGUGGCCACAGUUCUGACCAACAUAGACCUACAGCUGCAGUUCUCCACAUCCCAGCCUGAAGCCCUACUUCUUCUGGCAGCAGGCCCAGCCAACCACCUCCUCCUGCAGCUCUACUCUGGACACCUGCAGGUCAGACUUGUGCUAGGCCAGGAAGAGCUGAGGCUACAGACGCCGUCAGAGAUGCUGCUGAGUGACUCUGCCCCCCACACAGUGGGGCUGAAGGUGUCCGACGGCUGGGCCUGGUUGUCAGUAGAUGGGCUCUUCAACACUUCAGCCCCAGUCCGGGGGGGCCCUCUGGAGGUCCCAUAUGGGCUCUUCGUGGGAGGCACUGGAGGCCUGGGCCUGCCCUAUCUCAGGGGAACUGGCCGACCCCUGAGGGGUUGCCUCCAUGUAGCUACCCUCAAUGGCCACAGCCUCCUACAGCCACUGACCCCAGAUGUGCAUGAGGGCUGUGCUGAAGAGUUUUCUGCUGGUGAUGAUGUGGCUCUGGGCUUCUCUGGGCCCCACUCACUGGCUGCCUUCCCUGCUUGGAGCACUCAGGUUGAGGGCAUCCUGGAGUUUAUACUCACCACGAGAAGUCAGCAGGCACCCCUGGCCUUCCAGGCAGGGGGUCAGCGUGGGAAUUUCAUCUACUUGGAUAUAUUUGAGGGCCAUUUGCGGGCUGUGGUGGAGAAAGGCCAGGGCACUGUGUUGCUCCACAACAGUGUGCCUGUGGCUGAUGGGCAGCCCCAUGAGGUCAGUGUCCACAUAGAUGCUCACCAGCUGGAGAUCUCUGUGGACCAGUACCCAACACGUACUUCCAACCGUGGGGUCCUCAGCAACCUGGAGCCUCGAGGCAGUCUCCUCCUCGGGGGGCUAGAUGCAGAGGCGGCUCGCCAUCUCCAGGAACACCGCCUAGGCCUGGCACCAGGGGCUGUCAGUGUCUCCCUACUGGGCUGCAUGGAGGACCUCAGCAUCAAUGGCCAGAGGCAAGGGCUCCGGGAAGCCUUGCUGACUCGUAACAUGAUGGCCGGCUGCAAGCCUGAGGAAGACGAAUAUGAGGAGGAUGCUUAUGGCCCCUACGAAGUUUUCUCCACCCUGGUACCCGAGGUUUGGCCAGCCAUGAAACUGCCUGAGCCCUGCGUGCCUGAACCUGGACUGCCUCCUAUCUUUGCCAACUUCACCCAACUGCUGACCAUCAGCCCCCUGGUGGUGGCUGAGGGUGGCACAGCCUGGCUCGAGUGGCGGCACGUGCAACCCACCCUGGACCUGAGGGAGGCCGAGCUGCGCAAAUCCCAGGUGCUAUUCAGUGUGAGCCGUGGGCCACGUCACGGCAAGCUAGAGCUGGACAUUCCAGGUGCGCAGGCUCGGCAAAUGUUCACCCUCCUGGAUGUGGUGAACCGCAAGGCCCGCUACAUCCACAGUGGCUCUGAGGACACCUCAGACCAGCUGGUGCUGGAGGUGUCUGUGACGGCUUGGGGACCUGUGCCCUCCUGCCUCCGGAGGGGCCAAACUUACAUUCUGCCCAUCCAGAUAAACCCUGUCAAUGACCCACCGCACAUCAUCUUCCCGCAUGGCAGCCUUAUGGUGAUCCUGGAACACACACAGAAGCCCCUGGGGCCUGAGGUUUUCCAGGCCUAUGACCCAGACUCCACCUGUGAGGGCCUUACCUUCCAGCUCCUCAGUGCCCUGGCUAGCAGCCCUGUGGAACGCCGAGACCAGCCCGGGGAGCCAGCAACAGAGUUUUCCUGCCGGGAGCUAGAAGCGGGCAGUCUUGUCUAUGUCCACCGUGGUGGGCCUGCCCAGGACCUGAUAUUCCGGGUCAGUGAUGGGCUGCAGGCCAGCCCCCUGGCCACACUGAAGGUGGUAGCUGUCCGGCCAACCAUUCAAAUCCGCCACAACACGGGGCUGCACCUGGCCCAGGGCUCAGCUGCACUGGUCUCGCCCGCCAACCUGUCAGUGGAGACAAAUGCUGUAGGGCAGGAUGUGAGCGUGCUAUUCCGAGUCACCGGGGCCCUGCAGUUUGGGGAGCUGCAGAAGCAGGGGGCAGGAGGGACAGAAGGCACAGAAUGGCGGGCCACACAGGCCUUCCACCAGAGGGACGUGGAGCAGGGCCGAAUGAGGUACCUAAGCACUGACCCACAGCACCGCACGGAGGACACAGUGGAGAAGCUGGCCUUGGAGGUGCAGGUGGGCCAGGAGAUUCUAAGCAAUCUGUCCUUCCCAGUGACAGUCCAGAGAGCCACUGUGUGGAUGCUGCGGUUGGAGCCACUACACACUCAGAACACCCGGCAAGAAACCCUUACCACAGCCCACCUGGGGGCCACCCUGGAGGAGGCCGGGCCAAGCCCCACCACUUUCCACUAUAAGGUGGUUCAGGCCCCCAGGAAGGGAAAUCUGCGGCUCCAGGGCACACGGCUGUCAGAAGGUCAGAGCUUCACCCAGGAUGACUUGAAGGCUGGUCGGGUGACCUAUGGGGCCACAGCACGUGCCUCAGAGGUGGUUGAGGAUGUCUUCCAUUUCCGUGUCACAGCUCCACCACACUUCUCCCCACUCUAUGCCUUCCCCAUCUAUAUUGGCGGUGACCCAGAUGCUCCCGUACUCACCAAUGUUCUCCUGUCAGUGCCUGAAGGUGGUGAGGCCGUCCUCUCUGCUGACCACCUCUUUGUCAAGAGUCUUAACAGUGACAGCUAUCUCUAUGAGGUCAUGGAGCAGCCCCGCCAUGGGAGGUUGGCAUGGCAGGGGGCACAAGAUAAGACCACCACAGUGACAUCAUUUACCAAUGAAGACCUCCUGCAUGGCCGGCUGGUGUACCAGCAUGAUGACUCCGAGACCACGGAAGAUGAUAUCCCAUUUGUGGCUACCCGCCAGGGUGAGGGCAGUGGUGGCAUGGCCUGGGAAGAGGUACGUGGUGUCUUCCGAGUGGCCAUCCAGCCAGUGAACGACCACGCCCCUGUGCAGACCAUCAGCCACAUCUUCCAUGUAGCCCGGGGUGGGCGGCGGCUACUCACUACAGAAGACGUGGCUUUCAGCGAUGCUGACUCCGGCUUUACUGAUGCCCAGCUGGUGCUUACCCGCAAGGACCUCCUCUUUGGCAAUAUUGUGGCUGUGGAUGAGCCCACUCGGCCCAUCUACCGCUUCACCCAGGAGGACCUCAGGAAGAGGCAAGUACUAUUUGUGCACUCAGGGGCUGACCGUGGCUGGAUCCAGCUGCAGGUAUCUGAUGGGCAGCACCAGGCCACUGCACUGCUUGAAGUGCAAGCCUCGGAUCCCUACCUCCACGUGGUCAAUGGCUCUAACCUUGUGGUCCCUCAAGGAGGGCAGGGCACCAUCAACACAGCUGUACUCCAUCUGGACACCAACCUAGACAUCCGCAGUGGGGAUGAGGUCCACUAUCAUGUCACAGCUGGCCCACACUGGGGGCAGCUGCUCCGAGCAGGCCAGCCAGCCACAGCCUUCUUUCAUCAGGACUUAUUGGAUGGGGUCAUCGUCUACAGCCACAAUGGCAGCCUCAGCCCCCAUGACACCCUGGCCUUCUCUGUGGAUGCAGGGCCUGUGCACACAGAUGCAACCCUGCAUGUGACCAUUGCCCUAGAAGGGAAACUGGCUCCACUGCACCUGGUUCAGCACAAGAAAGUCUACGUCUUCCAGGGGGAGGCGGCUGAGAUCAGAAGGGACCACCUGGAGGCAGCCCAGGAGGCAGUGCCGCCUGCAGACAUUGUGUUCUCAGUGAAGACACCCCCAAGUGCCGGCGACCUGGUAAUGUUGUCUCACGCCACCACUGCGACCGAGCUGCGCAGCCUGGACCCUGUGCGAAGCUUCUCUCAGGAGGCAGUGGACGCAGGCAGGGUCCUAUACUUGCAUUCCCGCCCUGAGGUCUGGAGUGACUCCUUCUCCCUGGAUGUGGCCUCAGGCCUGGGUGCUGCCCUUGAAGGUGUCCACAUGGAGUUGGAGGUGCUACCUGCCACCAUCCCACUGGAGGCACAGAACUUCAGUGUCCCCGAGGGUGGCACCUGCACCUUGGCCCCUCCACGGAUCCGCAUCACCAGGCCCUACUUCAGCAUGCUGCCAGACCUUCACCUGCAGGUGCUAGAGUCACCCCAGCAUGGGACACUGCAAAGAGAGGGAGACCCUCAAAAUGAGACCCUCAGUACCUUUUCUUGGAGAGAGGUGGAAGAGCUGCUAAUCCACUAUGUUCAUGAUGGGAGUGAGACACAAACAGACAGCUUCAUCCUGGUGGCUAACGCCUCAGAAAUCAACCGCCAGAGCCAUCCAGUGUCCUUCGCCAUCACCAUCCUUCCUGUCAACAACCAACCCCCAAUCCUCACCACAAACAUGGGCCUGCAGAUGUGGGAGGGGGCUACUGUGCCCAUCCCUACGGCAGCCCUUAGGGGCAUAGAUGGCGACUCAGAGCCUGAGGACCUGGUCUACAGCAUCGAGCAGCCCAGCAAUGGACGGGUAGUGCUGAAGGCGGCACAGGGCACCGAAGUGCACAACUUCACACAGACCCAACUGGACAGUGGGCUCGUGCUGUUCUCACACCAAGGGGCCCUGGAUGGAGGCUUCCGCUUCAGCCUCUCUGAUGGCAGGCACACUUCCCCUGGACACUUCUUCCGUGUGACAGCCCAGAAGCAGCUGCUGCUUUCACUGGAGGGCAGCCAGAUGCUAACUGUCUGCCCAGGGUCCGUCCAGCCACUCAGCAGUGAGAGCCUGAGAGCCAGCUCCAGCACAGGCUCCGACCCCCACCACCUACUCUACUGGGUGGUGCAGGGCCCUCAGCUUGGCCGACUGUUCCACACCCAGAAGGGCAGCAGUGGGGAGACCCUGGUGAACUUCACUCAGGCUGAGGUGUAUGCUGGAAAUGUUCUCUAUGAGCACAAGAUGCCUGCUGAGCCCUUCUGGGAAGCCCAUGACACUGUGAAGCUUCGGCUGGUCUCGCCCCCUGCCCCCGAUUUGGCCACCACCCUUGCUGUGGCUGUGUCUUUUGAGGCUGCCUGUCCCCAGCACUCUAGCCGCCUCUGGAGGAACAAAGGUCUCUGGGUCCUCAAAGGCCAGCGGGCCAAGAUCACCAGAGCUACCCUUGAUGCCUCCAACCUCCUGGCCAGUGUCAUGUUGCCGCAGCGCCCAGAGUACGAUGUACUGUUCCAGGUCACGCAGUUUCCCACCCAGGGCCAGCUGUUGCUGUCUGAGGAGCCCCUCCAUGCCCGGCAGCCCCACUUCCUGCAGUCCCAGCUGGCUGCAGGACAUCUGGUGUAUGCCCACAGGGGUGGGGGCACUCAGCCGGAUAGCUUCCACUUCCAUGCCCACCUCCAGGGGCCAGCGGGGGCCUCCUUGGUGGGACCUCAAACAGCAGAGGCCUUCGUCAUCUCAGUGCAAGAUGUGAACGAGCAGCCACCUCAACCACAGGCCUCUGUCCCACUCCAGCUCACCCGAGGCUCCCGCGCCUCAAUCUCCCGGGCCCAGCUGAGUGUGCUGGACCCAGACUCAGCUCCCGAGGAGAUCGAGUUCAAGGUGCAACGGGCACCCCACAAUGGCUUCCUGAGCCUGGCAGGAGCCAGUGCAGGGCCUGUGACCCACUUCACACAGGCCGAUGUGGAUGCAGGGCGGCUGGCCUUCGUGGCCAAUGGGAGCAGUGUGGCAGGCAUCUUCCAGCUGAGCGUAUCUGAUGGAGCCAGUCCACCCCUGCCCAUGUCCCUGGUUGUGGAUGUCUUGCCAUCCACGAUUGAGGUACAGCUGCAGGCACCCCUAGAGGUACCCCAAGCCUUAGGGCGAUCCUCACUGAGCCGGCAACAGCUCCAGGUGGUUUCAGACCGGGAGGAGCCAGAUGCUAUAUACCACCUCACCCAGGGGCCCAAGUACGGUCAUCUCCUAGUGGGUGGGCAGCCAGCCACAGCCUUCAGCCAGCUCCAGGUAGACCAAGGUGAGGUGGCCUUUGCUUUUACCAACUUCUCCUCCUCCCAUGACCACUUCAAUGUCCUGGCACUGGCCAGGGGUGCCAACACAUCAGCCACAGUGAAUGUCACUGUGAGGGCUCUGCUGCAUGUGUGGGCAGAUGGGCCAUGGCCCCAGGGUACCACCCUGCGCCUGGACUCCACCAUCCUAAAUGCAGGUGAGUUGGCCAACCGCACAGGCAGUGUACCCCGUUUCCGGCUUCUGGUGGGACCCCAAUAUGGCCGCUUGGUCCAUGUGCCUGGGGCCAGAACAGAGCCCAGGGACAGCCGGCCUGUGGAGCACUUCACACAGCAGGACCUUGAGGAUGGAAGGCUGGGGCUGGAGAUACGCAGGCCAGAGGGUAGGUCCCCAGGCCCUGCAGGUGACAGUCUCACUCUGGAGCUAUGGGCAAGAGGUGUCCCACCUGCUGUGGUCUCGCUGGACUUUGCUACUGAGCCUUACAAUGCGGCCCAACCCUACAGCGUGGCCUUGUUCAGUCUCCCUGAGGCUGCUCAGACAGAAGCAGAGAGGCCAGAGAGUAGCCCUCCAACUGGCGAGCCAGGCCUGGCGGCCUCCAGCCCUGUGCCCACUGUGGCAACAGAGGGCUUCCUGGGCUUCCUCGAGGCCAACAUGUUCAGCAUCAUCAUCCCUGUGUGCCUGGUCCUCCUGCUCCUGGCACUCAUCCUGCCCCUGUUCUUCUACCUCCGCAAACGCAACAAGACAGGCAAGCACCAUGUCCAGGUGCUGGCAGCCAAGCCCCGUGAUGGCCUGGCCAGUGACACGGAGACCUUUCGCAAAGUCGACCCCAGCCAAGCCAUCCCACUCACGAACUUGACUGGCCAAGGGCCCUCGCCAGGGGGCCAUCCAGACCCAGAGCUGCUACAGUUCUGCCGGACAGCCAACCCUGCCCUCAAAAAUGGCCAGUAUUGGGUGUAAGGCCUGGCCUGGGCCCAGACACUGAAGGGCCAGGAACAAGCUUCCUCAGGCCCCAGCACCACUGCUCCCAUGCCCUGGUGCUGUCUGAGUGUCCCCAGGGCCACAGAGACCUGAGGAUGCCAGGGAUGGAGGGUGCUGGGAGAAAUCUGCAGAGGUCCGGGACAGAGUACAGUCAAAACUGGCAUCUCCCCAGCCUAUUCCAUGCAGAGAACUACAGGGGCCAAGGGCAGAGGCAGGCUCAGAGAGUCAGUCCCUUGCCCUGGAGCUACUUUGAGCUGUCAAAACCAGAGCAACCUCCUACAUGGGUGAGAACUCUGGGUCCUGGAUCUGUGACCUUGGGUGAGUCACUCCUGAUCCUCUUAAGGACGAGGAGGAGAAAGGGAGGGGCAUACAUGGGUUCCUGGGUGUUCCCUCCACACCAGGCCUCCCCUUGUCUCUGCCCCAGGGUUCAGAGAAAACUUUUCCCUCUGGUCUUUUAGGGAGAUGGCAUUCCCCAGAGCAGAGAGCAGAAAGAAAGGGACCCUUUACUCCCUGGAAGGCAUAAGCCAGUAGAAUAUGUUCAGAAUGCAAGUUUGGUGGGCUGCUCUAGGGACAGGUUUAUUUAAGGGGGAUUACAAGGAAGCUAUUUAACACGGCGCUUAGCUAGCCCACACUGAUGGAGCCCCUGGCAGUGUGAGAUGGAGGCCAAUUCAUUCACAGGCUGAGAGCUAAGCAAACGGGUCUGUGGCCCUGCAGAGGGUUAGGCUGGGGAGCAUGCGGGGUCUGAGGCCACAGACACUGUAGUGCCUGUAUUCCCCUGACAGCUGGGGGGCAGGCAGUUGGGGGCACUUGGCUCCAUGCGGCCUGGAUAAACGGUGCUUCAGAGGUUCUGGACAGCUUGUGUGUUGUUUGUCUGACCAUGCACUGGACCCUUGUCCUCACCAACCUGCACUCCCUUAAGCCUCAACCAGCAGUGUGGCCAGGGCCACAGGAGCCCUGUACUUCUACCUCCUGGAGCCUUCCAAAUCUCUGCCUCCUCUUUGUGGGAUGGGACCAAGUCCUUUGGUUUAGUAGACAUAGGCUAGGCCCUCUCCGAGGAACUUAAAGCAAAAAAGGAAACUAAGGGAUGUUCAGCGUCCAGCCCUAGAUUUUUUUAGCCUGAGUUUUGGCCUCCCAAAACUCAGGGACGGCUCUGUCCCUCCCCACCCACCUCGCAAGAGGUCAGAACAGAAAAAGUGAGGAAAGUGAAGGGAACAUGGGGACCCCAAGCCUGGACCCUGGUGCUGAUGAGUAGGCUGAGGCACUGCACCCACAGGUGCCUUCCCUCAGCUCACUGGAGAUUUUCACAAGGAAGAUUUCUGCUGGCCUCUACCCUUCCAACAAGAGGCCCAAGGGGCACUACUUCUCAAAGGCAGAGUAAGCAGCAGGAUUCUGAGAGCUGUCCCUGUGUGUGGCCUGAGAGGUUGUCAUUUGAUUAGGAGUGAGUUUGAGACACAGUGUCUCCAGGAGGCCCCUAUGAGUUCCUGUGGAGCCACCGCCCUCUGGUUCUUUCCCCUUUGAGGGUCUCUCCCAGGGUUGCAAUGGAGACAGAUUGUGGGUCCCAGGGGAUACCCCACGUGAAGUCCCCAGAAGCAGCAUGAGAGGUGUCUGAGCUCUGGGGUGGGGUAGGAGGCAGGUUUCUGAGCACAGCCAGAUUGGAGAUCAAGUGCCCCAGACAGCCUUUGGCUGUUGACCUGCACCUGGGGAGCAGAGUCACCUCUUCCCUGUGCUUCGACAUCUGUCACAUCUAAACCAGGAACUAGGGCUAGAAAGAAGAUCCCCUCUUCUCCACAAGCUGUCCCUGGACCACCCCUCCCUCUAAUGCCCUUUACAUCUCAGCAUCUGGCUGCCUUGAUCCUCUCCACUCUCUCAGAAGGUUCAAGAGGGCCCCUGGAAUCCUGGCAUGUCACUGCUGAAAGAGCCCAGGGAUCACAGGGAGACAGAGUCAGAGAGGGAAAGGGUGUCACACUCAGCAAGGCAGCAGUACAGUAGACCAGACCCCUAGGCCUAGCCAGCUCUUGUUGCCACAGUGAAAAGCUUGCCCUGGAGGGCAGCCAGGAGCCAUAGGUGGGGAGGCCCACAGAGAUCCCUCAAUACCCACAGCUCAAAAUCCUGGCCCGACUUCUGGGUCUCUUCAGCACUCUCUAGGCCAGCCUCAUACAGGGCCUUGUCAAGGGUGUCUACAAGCCAUACCCCAUGCUUUGCCCAAUCUCUCCCAAAAGCCCAGGACUGGAUCCUCGGGGCCCUGGUAUCUGGGACCAGUCUCCACCCAGAGCAACCAGUUUCCUUGGAACUGUAAAUUGAGACAAGGGUGACAGUCCUGAGAGGCAGGAUCUGGCCUCAGCUUGGAUUUCCCCCAGAGGACUGACCCAACCCUCUCUGUUCACGCAGGCCAGCCUGCCCUGCCCCCAGUGUCUACUCCAGCUCCUCUAAACUUCUGUUGGACAGUGGGCUGGCACCCAAGGCUUGGGGCCAACAGCUCUUCCAGGAUCUUGCAAAUUUCAGAUAUGCCUCUGAAGCUUAAGGGGGUUGCUAUCCACUUCACUAAAUAAUUCACCACCUCCUUCUGGUAAAGAGCCAACUCCUCCCAGGCACUGAGGAUGGAAGCCAACCUGUAUACAAGUGAUCAGAAAUGUCUGGAAGCCUCUGACCCUCUUUCUCACAUACACACAAUGUGCACUUGUACAAACAGCUGUGCACCUUCAGCUCUUCAGACAUCCAACACAGAGAUAAACACCUACCUACCUAAUACAUACUUGUACACACAAACUUUGGGGAUAUAUGCUUCUUGCCUGUGGCCUUCCCACAGUCCCAGCAACUAGCACAUUGAGCCAAGGGCCAUGAUGCCCUGCCCAUCCAGGGAACCAAGGUGACAUCAGCAGAUUGGGGAAGUGCCCCACAGUGGGAAAGGUGGCAUUGGAGUGAGUGUGAGGAACAGGAUAGGGGUUCCAGAGAGAUCCCCAGCUUAGGAGCCCUGCCCACCAACGUAAAUGGUUUAACCUCUUAAGUGAGAAAGGACUCACUUUCAGCCCCUCUCCUCAUUCUAGAGGCUGGCCCUUUAAGUGGAGUUGCUAUUGCUGCUGGGAAACACAGAGUUAGAACCAUCAUUCUCCGAUAGGAAGCAGGAGAAAUGGUCCCCCACUACCACUUCCUGCUGACCAAUGUGAACUGCUGACAUUUUCCUCUGGGCCCUGAAUAUUCCAUAUCUUAAAGAAACAGCAGACAUACUUGUGCAGCUCCCCAGAGCUCCCUAGUUGAGUCUCCUGUUCCCGGCCAUAACAGGUGAGGGAGCCCUAGCAAGUGCGUGGAGCAGGAGCUCUCUCCACAGCACCUGGCCCACUGUAGGUCCUCUUAGUUAAUGUCAUGUAGUUACUGCUAUGAUUAUUCAGGUGUUGCCAAGCUCAUUUUGUGCCAAAACUGCUGCGGGAACUGCAAAUAGGAAUCCCUCCAUCCCUUCCUGAAGAGCCCCAGACCUGCCAGUGAGUACCUAGCACACCAUGAUGUAUGCCCUAGCCCCGUGGUUGGAGCUGGCUGAUGAGGCGGAGCUCAGAGUGAGAGGGCAGCUGGCUCUGCCUGCAUCCUUCUCUCCUUAAAGAGUGUGGGAUUUUCCUAGGAAGGGGCAGCCAUGCAGCUGCCAAGCCUAGCAUGCCCAGCUUACCUCCUGAUUACAUUUCUAUUCUCAGUGCAAUGAGAUGCAUAAUUUAACUGAGAGCUGCUAUCCUCAUAAAGGGUGCCAGCUUCUCAAAGGGCACCUGUGGCCUCUAGGAUAACUUCUAAACUUUACAGUGUUCCUUCAUGUUUCAGGUGUCCUAAGAGCUCCUAAAGACUGAGGCAGCCCUUGGUUAAAUCAACCAGUGGCCAAGAAGGGACUUUUCUACCUAAACACAGCCUUACUGGGGGCUGGAGGAGCUCCCCGGCUUCAAAGCUUGGAACUGCCAACUCUGUUAGCCUGGAGCUGGGAGCUAAUCCCAAGGCUUCCUUCUGAUGGCUGGUAAGGUCACAAAGGACUCAAGUGACCAGUCCUGAAGGCCCAAAUUCAAUGAGUUCUCUAAGUCUUUACUGCUCAAAGUAGGGUCUAGGGACCAGCAACACCUGGGAGCUUGCUGGAAAUGAGGAAUCUCAGGUGCACCCCAGAGUUCUGAAUCACACACUGCAUUUGAACAAAGUCCCAGGUACUUAGAACACAACCAAAGAGCAAAAUUGAAGACACACUAAGUCUUCCCCCUCAACCACUGGGGAAACCGAGUCAGAAGAGACAGGGACCAGGCAAAUGUCACACUAGGCAGCGAUUUUCAAUCCUUUUUUUCAUCUCAUGGUACAGAAACUAAUUACUAAAAUUGUGCAGCACACCAAAAAAUACAAUUUUUGCCGAUCUGACAAAAAAAUAGGUAUGAGGAGCAAAG